CAUUUAAAUCUGCCAUCAAACCCGAAGAGGAGAAGCCCAACCCCCCCUUUUUGAAGUUUAUACUUGUGCGGAGUGGGUGGUUAUCUAGCUGUUAAAACCCACCAUGUUAUUUUGGGUCAGAACCUCUAGAACAAAACACUAAAAAAGAAAAGAACACUUUGCAGUCUCACUGGCGUUUCUUUGAUCGCUUGAGUCGGACUUCUCGCUGCGGCUGUCGCUGAGAUCUGCUCAUAUUUAUCCCUGAGAAUUUGCAGGGUGGCAGAUUCCACACUCUUUGAGUGUUUAACUGUGCUUCUCCUCCUAGUCUGAAAUGGCUUCAGUACAACCCAGGCAGCAGUAUCCUCCAAAUCUGGGAUAGCGAAUCCAGCUAUAUGCAAAGCAAGUGAGUCCAAAAACACUGAUGAUCCACCCAAACUACCAGUGUGUUUCUCAUAGGUCCUGACUGCUAAUUACAUAGAUAAAACUCAUCCAUCCAUCUCCCAACCACUUAUUCUCAGGGUUGCAGGGAUAAAAUUUCUCAUUUGGGCAAAAUGUCCAACUUCAUUGUCCAUCAUUCCUCCAUAGCAGCACCUCCAGUACAGGUUACUAGUGACCAAACUACUCAGAACUGACAGAAAAAAAUAAUUAGAUGCAUAUGUAACUCUUGGCUUGAGAGACUGUAUCCAUUGCAUCAUUCUUCUCAUUCCUCAGUGUUAAAUGGAAGCCUUCCAUCUUGAUCUGAUAACCAUCUGGGGAUCUCGUACAAAACAUGUCCUGUUUAAGAACCCAAGUGAAUAUGGGGAAAACACGUUGUCUAUGUAACAUUGUCAUAACUCAACUGGCGUAACUGAUGACACAGUCUGCUGCUUCUUAGUUGCUCUGCUUUGGGGGGGUGGAUGGGAUUGAGGAGGACCAGAAGCACUAACUGAUGAUCGGAACAGACUCUUAGGUAGCCUGUUCAUUCCUUGUGGACAAAAAACAAACAGGAGCCCUGGGUCGGCUCCCCACACCUCUCACACCGAGGCUCAUCGAUCCCACACUUUCUUCCUGUGUGUGUGUCUACUUGGGGGAACAUGUUUCUGUCUGUUUACUGGGUUACUCUGCAUUAUCGGCGUCACUCUCAGUGUCUCUGUGCCGUAGAUCUGCUGCGUGCUGUGGACCAUCUUGCCACCCUUCUUGGCAUGGUUUUGGGAUCCAUGCCAGCGGGGUAGAGCUUGGUGGGGGAGGGAGAGCAGGGCACCGGCAGGCUUCAAGGGAACUGGCCAUUUUCCAUUGUGUGCAUUUUUUUGUGCUUGUCUCUGUGCGCUUGGGGAGAAAAGGGUAGGGGUGGAGGGGCGGCUGCUUGCUGGGAAACGACUCCCUCCCUAUCCGUCUGACUGGGAGCCGCCAGCCUGGCUGCGAGGCUGACGACUGCACAGCGGCAGCAGCCCUGCGUUUCCACAGCCUCUCCUCCCCCGUCACCUCCUGCCGAUCUCCUCCUGCUGUGAUUUGGGGGCCUGGGGAAGGGAGGGGAUGCAGGCACACACCUUACCGCCGAGCGGAGCACGUCGGCCCUGAACCCUGGACGCCGAUUGACCCCGAUGCUCCAGGACCGCAGUCAGGAUGAGGUUCUGGCUACAGGGGGGGACCAGCCUGGUGGUGCUGGGCGUCUUAACUCUCUCACUCUGUGGGAACCUCAAUGCAAGUAAACAGGGGGGCGUGGCUUCCAACAGUGUGGAGGAAUCCAUGGUGACUGCGUAUUGGUGGGGGGAGUGGUCUAAAUGGACAGCCUGUACACGCACCUGUGGAGGAGGGAUCACGUCGCAGGAAAGGCAUUGCUUAAAGCAGAGGAAGAAAGUUGCUAUGGAAAAAUGCAAUAUGACCUGCACUGGCAACGCAAGGCAAUAUCUCCUGUGCAACACAAAGGAGUGUCCUUCCUCUCGGCGAAGUUUUCGAGAGGAGCAGUGCUGGUCCUUCAACUCACAAAUCUACGAUGGAAGGAGGUUCCGCUGGAAGCCCCUCUAUUCUGAAGAUUAUGUCCACAUCUCCAGCAACCCAUGUGACCUUCACUGCUCCACCCUCGACGGUCAGAGGCAGCUCAUGGUUCCUGCCCGUGAUGGAACAUCGUGCAAAUACAGAGAUUACCGAGGAAUCUGUGUCAACGGCAAGUGUGAGCCAGUCGGCUGUGAUGGGGUUCUCUUUUCAUCCCACACGCUUGAUAAAUGUGGGGUCUGUCAGGGUGAUGGGAGCCGCUGCAGGAGAGUUACUGGAAGCUUCCACCAGAAUGCUUCCAGUGCAGGCUAUGCCUUCAUCACUCAGAUCCCACAGGGUUCUUGGGACAUCCAGGUCAUUGAGAGAAGGAAGUCCGCAGAUAUUUUGGCUGUGACCGACCAGGCUGGAAAAUUCUUCUUUAAUGGGCCCUACAGGAUGGACAACCCACAGAACUUUCAGGCUGCUGGGACAAUCUUCAAGUACCGACGUCCCAUGAACAUGCAUGAAACUGGAAUUGAGUACAUUGUGGUGAAGGGGCCCAUAAAUCAACCCAUCAAUGUUCUGGUGUGGAACCAGAAUGGUGGAAGCCCCUAUAUCACCUAUGAAUACACAGAGUGGCAAAUCCCUCCUGCCCUGCUAAUGGAAGGUCCACUGGCCAACGUUGGACCUGUAACGCAUAAGGGUCUUUCUGAAACUGACCAGAAGCAAGUUGUGGGGCAGGAGCCCAGGGCAGAGCAAGUGGGAGAGCUGAAGGGCCAGGUGACUAAUGAAGUAUACGAGGGGACAGCGGUUAUCCACUCCAAGCAAGAGCUCUUGACCCCGCCUCACAAACCAGGGAAGAACAGCACCCACUCAGGUGACAUGGGUGCCGGUGAAGACCCAGUGGCCAACAAGCCAAGUUCAGAGAAUCUCAUCUGGAAUAUGUUUCAGGGGAAGUCAAUUGCUUCAGGGAUGCUUCACAUCAAUUUCUCCACCAAUCAGCUGCUCACUACAGGACAGAAGUUACAUUCAACAAAAGUGGAACCGCCAGGACGACAUGCCACCAGUCUGGAUGGUGGUGCUCCCUUUGGACACAAUAGCUCACUGCAAGAGCGUAUUCACAAUAAUGACACAGGACACCUGCUUCUUCUCAACGGGACACUGCUGCCCAGCUUUCACAGUGAUAACAGAACCAACCACACAAGGAGCCACCGGAAGAACUCUGGGCUGAGCACAGCAGACAUGUACCGCUGGAAGCUCUCCUCUCAGGAGCCCUGCAGCAAGUCCUGCUCCAUAGGUGUGGCCAGAUCCUUUGUCACCUGUGUGCGCUAUGAUGGAGCAGAGGUAGACAAUACCUACUGUGAUAACCUGACCCGUCCAGAACCCGUCCAUGAUUUCUGCAUAGGAAGGGAAUGUCAGCCCAGGUGGGAAGCGAGCAGCUGGAGUGAGUGCACCCGUACCUGUGGUGAGGGGUUCCAGUUCCGGCUUGUCCGUUGCUGGAAGAUGCUGGCCCCUGGCCUCGACAGCUCAGUCUACGGUGACCUCUGUGACCUGGCACAUGUGGAGCGACCAGUGGAACGACGCACCUGCCAAAACCCCACCUGUGGGCCCCAGUGGGAGGUGGCUCAGUGGUCUGAGUGUACAGCCAAGUGUGGCCACUGGAGUCAAGUGACCAGAGACGUCAGAUGUUCUGAUGAAAUGAACACAUGUGACGAAUCGACUCGGCCGCCGUCCAUCAAAAACUGCACCGGCCCGUCUUGUGAGAGGCAGUGGGCUGCAUCUGAAUGGGGGCCAUGCUCCGGCUCGUGUGGACAGGGCAUGAUGAUCCGGCACGUCUACUGCAAGGCCUCAGAUGGACAUGUGGUGCCUGAUGCUCAGUGUCCUGCUGAAGAUCGCCCCCUGGCCAUACACCCCUGUGGAAGCCAGGACUGCCCCCCACACUGGAUAGUGCAAGACUGGGACAUGUGUAACACGACAUGUGGCCGCGGUAUCAGGCGAAGAAUGAUCCUGUGUGCUGGGAUCACUGCCGGCCUCUUUCAAGUCCAUGAGGACAGCGAAUGUGCUGCAGAAGUGCGACCGGACGGCGAGAGCACCUGCUUUGAGAGGCCAUGCUUCAAGUGGUACACCACACCAUGGUCAGAGUGCACCAAGACCUGCGGCACUGGCACUCGCUCAAGAGACGUGAAGUGCUACCAAGGAAGGGAGCCUGUCAAGGGGUGCGACCCCCUAACCAAGCCCACCAAUAAGCAGGUUUGCCCCUUGGAUCCCUGCCCAACACAGCCCCCAGAUGAGAAUUGUAAGGACCAGCCGGACACCAACUGCUCCCUGGCCUUGACGGUUAACUUGUGCAGCCAUUGGUACUACAGCAAGGCUUGCUGCCUGUCCUGCAGGGGCACAUACUUCUGACACUGGAAAGACCUGCUUCCUACUAAUCUGCCUCGCUAUUGUGGCAGGAAGGAACAAUUUUCGGUGGAGCGUCAAGGUCCCGCGAUGAUGCGUCCAUCCAGUGCUGCAAUGACUUCACUGUGUGUCCUGGUCACUUAAAGUUCAAGUGAAGGUGAAAUUUAAUUGCUAGCAUAAACCGCUUACAUUAGCCAUAAUGUGCUGAGAUGCAUAACCAAGAUGUGAGGGUGAGGGUAGGCUGUGCUUCGCUGUACAAAACUCCAUUCUCAUUACAUUAAUAUAAACUAUACUGCCAAUGAACUUUUGCACAUGGAGGACAUGAUGCAUUAAUUAUCUAUGCAAGGUAUUACACAUCUAUGAGGUGCCUGUAGAUUGAUGAAUGGCAGUGAAGUUCUUUGAAGUCACUAAUUAUGUGCCACUAAAUGAAACCAUAUAGGACAAAUGCAAUAUUACACUACGACUGUAACUAUAUCACUUUUAUGUAUAUUUGCCAUAUUACCAUUUCUCAAAAAAUAAAAUGCAGAAUGCUGUCUUUA